AUGGGAAAAGCCGGUCGCGUCGCGUGUAUCUUCACGCCCUAUAUCCUCACAAUCGCCUCGCUGAUUUGUAUCAUCCUCGUCGGUCUGGGCUGCACCAAGGCCAGCGACAGCAACCUGUCUGACCUUUACUUCCUGCGGAUCAACCUACAAAACAUCAGCAGUAAUGGCACCAAAACCGUCUCCGAGAUCAAGGACUUCUUGAGCGAGAAUGGUAUCAGCACCGUCUCCGCGGACGAGGUGUCCGACGUCCUCAAGACCCUGCAGGAUGAUUCCCAACUCGCCGACUUCUACUCCAUCGGUCUCUGGGGUUACUGCCAGGGCUCCAUCGAGAACGGCGACUACAAGACCGAGAAGUGUUCCAAGCCCAAGGCCGAGUUCUACUUCGACCCGCUCGACGUCUGGGGUCUGAGCGACAACGAGGCCAUCAAGAAUGAGCUCCCCGACGACUACAACAAGAUCAUGAAGGUCUACAAGGCCGUCUCCAAGUGGAUGUUCAUCGCCUACCUGGUCGCCUUCAUCCUGGGCAUUGUCGAGCUGCUGAUCGGUAUCUUCGCCAUCUGCAGUCGCUGGGGCAGCUGCGUUACCACCCUCUUUGCCGUCCUCUUCUUCCUCUUCACCGCCGCCGCCUCCAUCACCUCGACCGUUCUCUUCUCUGUUGUCGACGGUAGCGCGGGCACUCUCCUCAAGGCUUACGGCAUCACCCUGGACAUCGGCAAGAACAUGCUCGCCGCCACCUGGAUCGCCGUCGCCUUUGCCCUGUUCGGUGUCUUCUUCUGGACCUUCAGUGUGUGCUGCUGCUCCGGCCGUUCCCCCUACAACCACAAGAACCGCAACCGCGGUGGUGCGGUGACCGCGGAGAAGGCCCCCUACACCUACGAGCCCAUCGGUGCCGGUGCCCAGCCCUACGGCAGCCACUACCCGGCUCCCGCCCACCAUGGCGGCGAGUACCCCAUGACCAACACCCACCACCAGCAAUCGAGCGCCUACGAGCCCUUCCGUCACGUCUAA